AUGGCAGGCGCGUCCCUGUUCCAAGUAGGAAACGAUGUCGAGUUCUGGCGCGUGUUGAUACACCUGAGUAUCUUGGCCUUCUGUCUCGUGGUCUUCGAGGCCUUCCUCCACCACGUCGAGCACAAGCUCUCGCGCUAUGACAAGUACCACCACAUGCUCCGGAAAGGGUAUCGGGAACUCAUGGUGCUCGGUCUGCUGAGUCUCGGUCUCAAGCUCCUCAAAGAGGUGCCAGGGAUCAACCCCUACAGCAAAACCAUGGUGGCGUUCCAGGUGGCCGACUUGACCAUCUUCAUCCUGGCCCUUGCGCUCAUCCUGCAAGCCACGGUCGUGUUUCUGCAGCUUCGCAAGCACAACAUCGAAGCCGAUCGCAUUGAGCUCAUCACGGCUCAGGACUUGAUCAAUGCCAUCACGCCGCCAGCUGGCACGCCUCCAAUCGCCGCUGCCCCAGCUCCAGCGAGCUCGUCAAAGUGCUUUCGAUGCUGGCCGAGCAAACCAGCGAAGGCGUUCGAUCUCGAAGUUGUGCAGCGUCGACUGCUUCGUCACUUGUUUCUCCGUCGCUUUGGCUUGCCGCAGCUCUUCCCGUUCUCCAAGUACCUGCGUCGAGCGCAAGCCAACCAGAUCACGCACAUGAUUGAAGUCGAACCGUCCAUGUGGGUCUUGCUGCUGGCUGUCGCGUGGAUGCUUUGCGGGUUUCUCGAUGCUCUCGAGAGUCUGGACAUUGAGCUGCCGGAAAAGCACGAACUAGUUGAAGUGUUUGUCGUGUUUGCCUGGGCGCUGGUCGUGCUGCACGCCGUCGUGCUGCUCUACUUGCGCUCGUGCAUCCACAGUCUUCUGCUUGCUGCUGGGUACAGUGACAAUGAGUCGACGUUGGUCAGCAACCUCCGCUCAGUCGCGGAAGAAGAAGCGGCGGCGUGGCAAAUGGAAGCGGCGGACAGCGCGCUGAACACCAUGAAUCGAGUCCAAGAAGAGCUCGAAGAGAUUGAAGAUAAUCGUAACGCCAAACGUCACGUGUUGCUGCGGAAAGACAUUGGCCUGCAGCUCGUGGCGACGUGCAUCCGCAAUAUGAAUGAAAUUGGCGAUUCCAAGAAAGCUCACAUCGAUCAGGCUCCAGGUGGAACGCAGCUGGACGCUCCCGACAUUCCGAUCCGCUUUUUUUCGCGGAAAGCCUGGCAGGUUAUCGUCAUGUUCAUCCUCCUGCUCAAUGGCUUUUUCAUUGCUCUGCUUGUGCAGUGUGCCGUGUACGACUUGGACGACAUUUACAAGGAGUUUGGACUCUUGCCUGCUAUUGUAGUGCCGCUCCCUCUGAUUCUCAACACGUUUGUGUUUCAGCAGCAUAUCUUCCGGUACUUUGUCGUCGUCUGCAGCAUCCUCCGCGUGGACGCCAAUACCAUGGGCGAGGUAGUAUCGCAUUUCAGCGAGGUUGUGGAACUGCGAUCCGAGUUUGCGUCGUCUUUGCUCGACUGCUUGAACGAACGCGACUACACGAUCAUUGAUCUGCGAAGAGAGCUCCACGCGUACGAUCCGCGACAAACUGGCAUGAUUGACGUGGAGAAACUCCGUUUGGUUCUUGCAGCAUUUGAGUACCGAUUGACGCGCUUUCGCCUGAACAGCGUUGCAAUGAUGCUCUUUGAGCUCAAGGGCACCAAAGUCGAGUAUGGCCAGCUCCUUCGACUAUUGAUGCUCGCACAGAACGAUACCUUGACCGAGAGUGGUCGGCCAAGCCAGCGACGCCAGCAUCUGCUAUUGCGGCAUAGCAGUACGUUCGUCGAUGGACGGGCGUCUUCGGGUGCACGGUCGAAUCGAGUGACUCUGCGCACGCUCUCGAAUCAUGCAACCCCACCUCAAGUGCCUUUGCUGUCUCGACCGAGCAUGGAACCGGAAUCGGGUUUGGGCGAUUUCGUGACCAUGGCAACUCCAGGUCUGCGUCGUCUGUCACCUACCCGAGCCUCGGGUGCGUGUUCAAACGCAAGAGUGGAGAGCAAUCAUGGACGGGCUCCGAUGCUCGAUCGUUGUCAGUCGCACCAGUUCGUGGGCUCAAGUGCUCGCGCGCUCCACGCAAUGUUCAAUAUUGGCGGGGGACCGAGUCCUCAGAUGGACCCUGUAACUUCCGAGGCACCAUCUUCCGAGACUGCAGUGUGA